AUGGAGAAUGUUAUAUUAACAAAAUUUCGUGAAAUAUCGAAAAUAUUCCAAGAAAAAUUUCAUUCAACUUCAACACACAAACAAAAUGAAGAAUAUAUUGAAUUGCUUAAUGAAAAAUUAAAUCAAUGGAAAAUAAAAACAAUUGAACAAAUCGAUAAUAUAAUUAAACAAAAAUCUGAAGAAAUAAAACAAUUACAUGAUGAAUAUUAUCAAGAAAUCGAUAAACAAUAUUCUAUUGUAAAUGAACAAAUAGAAAAAAAGAAUUUUUCGUCUGGUCUUAAAGAUCAAAUUGAAUAUUUAUAUAUUUAUUCUCAACUAAAUUCUAUUGAAAAACGUAUACGUUUAAAUACAAAUUUAUUUACAAUAAAUCAAUUCAAUGAAAAACUUAGAGUGAAAUUUGCACACUAUAAACAAUUAACAACAGAAACAACGGUUGUACCGUUAAAACAAUUGUUUGAAGAUAAAGUUCAAUCGAAUCGAAAACAACAUCUACCAUCGCCAUCAUCAAAAAAACAAUCAAACAAGAAUAUACCAAACCAGGAUCAACCAAAAAAAGUAUGGACAUUAAAACCAAUAACAAUAUCUUCAACGGAAAUUCCUUCUUCGUCAAAAGAUCAACAUAAAAUCUCAGACAAUAAUGAAAAUUCAACUCGACUGUAUAAAUUAAAGCGUGAACCGAGUACUCCUGUUCUAAUUGAUAAAAAUCGUGAAUUAUAUAAUUCAAAAGCAAGACUAACUGAAUAUAUAAUUGAUUCUCUGCCUCUAUCUCAAACAAAACCACAAUCAGUCCCAAUUAUAAUAAAAGAUGAUAAUCUAGCACUAGUUCAAUCGUAUAAACUUCUUACAGCGAAUGAAAAUAAACAACAAAAUCCAUUAGAACAAAAUGCGCAAUUUCAAAUAGACUCGAAACGACUAUUAUUCAGUUUAAGAAAUUUUAAUCAAACCAAUUAUUCAACAUUAAUGUUUCCAGAAUGCGAAAUGAAAAAUAAUUGUUUGGCUAGUUCAACAAGACGAAAUGAAUUAAUUAUAUAUAAUUCAAAGAUGAAUAUUUUGAUUAUGUUAAAGCAUCAAGAAAAAAAACGAUUUUGUGAACGUGUCUAUUUACAAUGGCCUUUAAAUCUUAGUUCAAAUCUAUCGGAUAUAACCUAUUGUCAUACGAGUGAUCGAUAUUUCAUUGCAACAAAUAAUAAUCAUUUAUAUUCAUUCAAUUCGAACUUAUUAACUAUUAGUGAUUUGGGUUGUUUAUCGAAUGAUUUACCAUUGAAUUAUAUUCAUUGUUAUCAUAAAACUAUUUAUGUUGUCUUAGGAAAUCAUAAUCUUGCUGAAUAUCAUUUCGAUGAACGCAACUUCAAGAUAAUCAAGAAGCGAAAUAUUGACGUAUUUAAUGAAAAUGAUAUUUUAUUAGAUAUCACGUGUGAUAAGAAUAGUUUGAUUGUACUUUAUAAAAAUCGAAAUAACGAAAUCUAUUUAAGAAGCAUUAACAGAAAAACAUUGGAUAUUCAAUUGGAAUUUUUAUUAGAAAAUAAACAAGACACUGAAAGAAAGUCUUUACGAAUAGAAUCAACAAGAUAUGAUGGAAAUUUUAUUUAUGUGAAUAGUUCACAAAAAUGUUUAAAAACCAUCGAUUUAACACGUUCUAAAAAUGACAAAAUAACAACAAUUAUGAAACAAAAUAAACCGCCAACGAAUACUUGCCUAUUGAAAGACGAUCGAUUAGUGUGGCCAAUUAAUGAAUCAGUACCAGCUAGAACGACAAUAACAUUUGGUGUUAUCUUUUCUGAUCAAUAUGAUUUAUCAGUGUUAAAGGGACCUGAAAAUGGAUCGAAAGAGGCUGCAGCAUUUCGAAACCUAUGGACUGAACGAUGUGAAUUACGUCGUUUUCCUGAUGGAUCAAUACUUGAAUCAGUUCUAUGGAAUGUUGAUUGUCUAAGAGAUAAACGACUUAUAUGGAUGGAUGUAGCACGAUAUCUUUUGGAGAUACAAGCCGGAAUAUCACCAACUCAUAUUGAAUUUAGUUAUAAUGAUCAAUGUCCUUCCACAUUAUUAUCGAUUCCAGCUCGUCUAUUUCCAUCGUAUGGGACCGGUGAUGAACAACAAAUGUUUCUUUCUCGUGAAUUAAUGGAAUUAACGAAACAAAUUCGAACAUUCAAUAAUGAACUUCCACUUAAAAUUAAUAACAUCAUCGGUGUUGAUGAAACAUUUCGUUAUACAAAUGUAUUUCCACCAUUACCAGCAUCGUUUCAAACAGAUUUACAUAAAAUUCGUUCGAUUGAACACGAUAAAUAUGCAUUGAUACCUCGUUCAACGUCACGUUAUGCUCCGCCAUAUAGUCAAUCGUUGUUAGUCGUAUGUCAACUUGAAAUGAAUAGUUCAAAUGAUAUUGGCUUUGAAACUCUUGAUCGUAUAAAACAUUCUAAAAUUCUCUAUUAUAUUCAACUAUCAAAAUUAUUAAGAGAAAAAUUUCAUUAUACAUCUCGAGCGACAGCUGAUUGUUGUUAUGUUGAGAAAAAUAAUUACGUUUAUCGUUUAAUGGUUACAUAUCAUAAGGAAAUUUAUUUGAUUGAAAGUGAAUCUGGUAAAAAAAAUGGAUUAGAACGAAAAAUAAAACAAACAAAUCAAUCGAAACAAUUAAGAUACAAUACAGAAUAUUUACCAAAAAUAAAUGCAGCUAUUUAUGGUGUUAGUCAACAAUUUGCUCAAUAUCAAUUGGUUGCGCGUUUAUUCAAGCGUUGGCUUUCAGCACAAUUACUUCUUCAUCAUUUUGAUCCGCUCAAUGCAGAUCUUCUUUGUUGCUAUGUUUUUCUUCAUUCGGCACCAUUUGCGCCACCAAAAUCAAUGUUAACUGGUUUUUGCCGUGUUCUACGGCUUCUUCGUGAUUACGAUUGGAUUAAUGAACCAUUAAUUAUUAAUUUUAAUCAUGAAUUAACAAACGAACAAAUUUUUGAAAUGCAAACACAAUUUAAAGCUGAUCGUUCGAAUUUACCACCUCUAUGUUUAAUGCCAUCAGUAGCCUUUCAUGAUAAUCAAAAGCCAAAUGUACCAGUGUUAAAACGUCUGAUGCAUUUAGCUAAAGAAGCAUUGGCUUAUCUCGAGACAAAUAAUAGUGAUUCGAUUAAGUUUCUUUUUCGACCAAGUCUCAAUUCAUACCAUGUUAUCAUCAUGCUAGAUCCACUCCAAUGUCCACGUGCUUAUCAAGCUGUUGACCAUGUUAUGACGGAAAUAACAUAUACAACAAGAAAGAAAUCAAUCGAUAAUGAUCAAUCGAUAGAUAACAACAAAAAACUAUUAUCCAUUGUUGAUUAUGAUCCUGCUCAAUUAUUUGUCGAUGAAUUAAGAAAAUCGUAUAAUGAUCAAGCAGAAUUCUUUCAUGAUGAUUUCGGUGGUUUUGCAGUUGGUAUACUAUGGAAACCAUCAAAAAAUAAAAAAUCUAAUCAAGAUAAUAUCGAUUAUGUUAAAAUAAUAGAUCAAUGGAAAUUAUUAGGAACUGGAAUUAUCAAAGAAGUUCGCACAUUUCCUGAACGUUGGUGUUAA